AUGCUCCAUGGCGCAUGGGACGCUGUGCCUCUUUUGGUACCUGUGUCGAAGGGCCCUGCAGCGGUCGAGAAGAAGGCAUGGGGUUGGUGCGAUGGCUUUGGCGACACAAGCGCUCUGUCUGUCGCCGUCGUCUCUGUGGCGGCUGCGGGCGCGUACACCGCCUACCGACUGUGGCGGCGCGGGCGCAGCCUCGAAGAGCUCCUGCUCGAGCAGCUGCUCGGUGCCGCCACGGCAGACGGCGGCGGCGGCGCCGCCAUCGACCCUAUCCAGUGCUCAAGUGCAAAAGGGGGAGUGAUUGCGGGACGAAAAUUAGGCGUGCGGGUGCGGCUGGAAACGCCGCUCCUCUUCUGGCCGGAGCGGGCGGCCUGGCUAUGGCACAAGAAGUGGAACCUACCGCGCAUAGUCGUGGACGCCGACUUGACGCUGAGCCCUCACUACCCUGACCACGAGCGCAGCUUGGCGGUCGUCGCAACCUGUGGCACCCUCGUUGCUGGCGACGCGGAGCUGCGCGACGAGGGACUGGGCGGAGAGCGCUCCGCGUCAGAGCGCCCCGCCUACGAUGGCGACAGCGGCGUCAUGUUUGGCUCUCACCCGCGAAGCGCGGUGGAGAAGAAGGUGCCGCGGGGGCGAUCGCCGCACUUGCACAGCAGCGUCGCCGCAGGGGAGGCGGCGGAGGCGGCGGCUGCUGCACCGCCGACUGCGCAGGAGGAGUGGACGCCGGACCUCAGCUCGCAGCGCCCGGCAAUGGGGCACCGCGUGGCUGCCUCCGGAUGGGGCUGCGACGCGAGGGCUGGAGGCGGCGGCGUGGAGGCGGGCUGGUGGGGGACCGCGGCGGCAGCAGCUGAGCAGGCUCCGGGGGCGCUGCUGGUGGCUGCCGCCACCGGCCUCGCCAGCACAACCUCCUCGACGCUUCGCGCAAGGCCGGGCGGCGGGGUGGCAGCGUCCGCCGUCGAGUCUACCUUCGCCAUCCUCCGGUCCGAUAGCGAGCCGAUGCGGCUCCUCGUCUCCUCGCGCUACGCCCUGCCGGACGGCGCCGCCGCCGGGGAGGGAUGCAGCUUGUACCCCGCUCAGCAGGCGUUAGUCUUCUCGUGCGGCUGCGAGCCGCACGCAGGGCGCAAAGAGCUGCAUGCCAACGAAAGCGCUGUCGAGGUUCGCCGAGCGCGGCGCAGGUUGGAGGACACCGUCACCGACGAGCGCGUUGGACUUUUCACUCCGGACAAAGACGGCGACACGCACACGAGCUGCGGCCGUGUCGCCGUCAUAGCGGCGAGGCGCGGAACCGUCUGUGGCGAAGUGGGUCGCGUCCUCCGAUUUCCUCAACUCACGGUCCGCUCCCUCUAA